CUCACCACAAUUAAUCUUCGUCUACAAAAACUUUUUCUCUUUGCCUUUUAACAAUCAAACCAAAUGGGGUGUCAACUUCACUCCUCAAAUCCUCAAAUUCUCUGCAAAAUUCCCAGAAAUAAACCAACCCAUUUAUUCUCUAUUCCUUCACUCCAACCAAAGCCGAGAAUCCAAACAGUAACCUUAUCUUCCUCGAACAACAACAACAACAACAACAACAAUCAAACCAAACAACAGCCCAUUUCCAUUUCCACCACCACACUCACUCAAACCCAAGCACCAAAAACUGAUUCAUACAGUGUCAAAUUUGAGACCUUAAGUGGCUGCAAGCUUGGUAUUUCUAGAUAUCCAGACUUCGAAUACAAUGCCGAGGGAGGCAGGGGAACUGGGACAGGUACAAAGAUCAUAGAUGAUGAUUUCGAUGGCGAAAUCUCGGUCUGUUUCGAUCUGAAAGCGCUGUACAUUCCGCCAUUGAUGAGCUCAACCACUCGGUUCUUGGGAUUGCCAUUGCCACCCUUUUUGAAAAUACAUAUUGUUCCAGAGCUACUUCAAGGAAGGAUUGAUCGAGAAUCUGGCAAGGUUGAUCUUGAGUUCAAGGCCAAAUUCUGGUUCUCUGUUGGGAGUGUCUACAAAGCUCCACCGUUGGUGGUGGCGACGGUGUUGACGUCGGAGGAAUCAAAGGGAACAUUGAGGAGUGGAAGAGGGGAGAGGUUGGAUAAAGAAGGGAGGUGCAGGCUGGUUGGGGUGGCGACUGUUCAACCUAUUGAUGACUUUCUUCUGGAUUCCUUCCUUGCCCUUCCUACUGAAUGCCUUGCCAUCUUGAAUGCCAUGAUCUCUUUUUCCAUCAAUUAAAAGAUUUUUCAACAUCACUGCUUAUAUAUACUGUUAUAGAAUCUUGCUCUUGUUGCAGAAAAAAAUGAGUAAAGAAGACCAUAGAAGUAGUACUUCUCUGUUUUGCUUCCAAUGUGCAGAUAUAUGAAACCACUAUAAUAAAAUGCAUGUCCAAUUUUUUAUUUUUUAUUUUCUUCAACUUCAAGUAAACUUACCUACAUUAUACUUACCAAGAAGGAAGGGAGAGGGAUUAUAUCAUCUGGACUAAUGUAUAUCUAUCAAAAUAAAGUUGAAUAAUUAAAGAAGUAUUUGGUAUUUUGGAGA